AAUCGGUGCUGAGGAUCGAGGUGAUCUAAUUAUUUUCGGAACACAUCAGAGUUGCUCUCCGUCUCAUUCCGCCAUACCUGAGCAGUUUCAGAUCCCUCCAGUCUCUUUCCAAUGGCCGAACGCGAAGUUAUUGAAAUGAGGAACUUUCCCGACGAGCUACUCUUGCGACUUCUAUCCUCUCUCGAUCCACUGGAAAGACUCAAAUGUUCGCUCGUCUGUCGUCGCUGGCUGCAGCUUCUCCCCGCUUUCUCAUGGUUAGAGGAUGUCCAAGUUGUAAUCCGAGGUGCAGACUUGAAUCAGGCCGUGGGGGUCUUGAGACGGACGCAGCGCCAAUACAAACACCUCUCGAUUAUAGAGGCUAAUCUUGAUCGGAUCGACCCCGAGUUCUGGGCGAAUAUCGGGAGAUAUCUACGAGAUCUCGAGCUCAUCAGGUGCACGUGGACGCCCAUGGCUUUCUACACGAUAAUUCUUCAGUGUCCGAAGCUAGAAUUUCUUAUGUUCUCAAAUCCAGACUCCUCUGAUGCAAAGACCAUCGGCAACGCCAGCCUGUUCGAGCUCCCUGACACCGUCAGUCUCGAAGCGCUGCGCGUGGCGUUCUCCGGCAUCAAACAUGUAUCACCGAAAGCCAAAAUGUCGACGAGGACACUUGAACGCUUGCUCGACGCGAUGCCUAACCUGGAGUCGAUAUCGGCCGGCUGCUACGAUGGUAAACCCCGGAGGAAUCCUCCCUUCCUGCUCGAACAAGAAUGGAACUCGGAUAUGUCUUUCUUGGACUUACUGAGCGACGACCACGUCACGAGCAUUGCAGACAAAGCCCCUGAACGACUGCGAGACUUGAGAUUGGGUUGGGGCGGUCGUUUGACUCGCAAGGCCUUCGAGGCUCUAAGCACUAUGUCGAACUUGCGGCUCUUGGACAUCUUUAGGCCUCGGAAUCUUAACAACGAUUAUUUUGCGCAAAUACUACUCAACUGUACGAAAUUGGAGCAUUUGUCCUUGAGGAGCGCUGGUCUGUAUUCUGGUCCGAGCUUCAAACACCUGCCCAAACUCAAGGAGCUCCGUCGUCUUAGCCUUUUCUGCUUUAAAAUGGGUGAGGAGCACCUGCCCCACUUGGCGAACCUUCCCACCCUGCAACACCUCCAAUUGAACUCGUGUGAUUUCGGGAACGAUUUCGAUACUUUCCUCGGCAUUUCCCGCCUCCCGAAACUCCGAUCCUUCGAGCUCACUAUGAGCUUGAUCAACCCGGAUUGGUUCGUCACGGUAGCUGACGAAUUCAGAACUUUAGUGGAGCUGUGCAUCAAGGAUGUCGAUGUUUUUACCAAUGUGACCGUGAGCAAGAUCAUUUCACUGGAAUGUCUUCGAAGCUUGAUCCUCUGGGGACCGGCGGAAGACAUGGACUCUUCGCAGGAGUCCGGAUCCCCAGAUCGCGAAACAGUGAAGCUGUCUCUUUCGCCCGAAGUCGAGCUAAACGAACCGCAUGUUCAAGAAGGUCAACUUUCUUUCCUGGAUCUCAAUAGGUGCAGGAAAAUAAGAAAUUCUGGUCUGGUUGAACUUCUCCGUGGUGAACCUCAAUUGCAGAUCAUACGAAUAUUGAACUGCUCCCUGAUAACGAACCAUUGCCUCGAGGAGCUCAAGACCCUUUGUCCGCUACUUGAGCGACUCACGGUCGAACCUUUCGCCGAUGAAAAAAUUGAGGAAUUCGCACAACUCAGACCGCUAGUCGAAGUCCGGGGCUCUUCCUGAGGCAGAGGCGCACGUUGAAGACUCGGGAGCAAUGUGGGAACACUCCUGAAGAGUGCCGAGCUUUCGCUUAUACGACAGACAACAUUGUUAUGGUCCUCGUCAAUGUGGAUCAUUAUAAUCUAACGAGACGAUGGCGAUCAUAUUAUGUGACCAUUUUCAAUCCGGAAGAGGGGAGAUUAAAUUUAUUGAAUGAA